UCUUCAAUAAAAAAAUGGGGUUUCAAAUACGAAGAAAAUUGUAAAUGGACUUUCAAACGUCACGCAGUAUGUGUGAGAAUGCAUAUAACAAACUGAACCCGUUUACCAUUUACUUUGUAACUGAAUAGGUAAUUUUAUGAAUUACUAACUAACAGCGAGUUACAUAUAAAAGCGACUGCUAUAGAGUUAUUUCCUCAGUACCAGAUCAAAAAUGCAACAGAUUAUUAUAAUACUUGGCUGUGUUGCAUUCGCCAAUGCGUUUGGCAUAAACUUGAGAUCUUUGAACCCACUAAGGGUCUUUGAGGAAUCUCCAGUGGAUACAAAAUUGUGUAAGCCCAUGAUGACUCCAAUUUCGGAAAGUGAUUCCUCCCAGUUUUUGCCAAAUGAACAACCAAGUCGCACGAUGAUAAGUCCUGGAGACUUCAGUACGAGGAGACUAGUACCUUUACCAACUUUGGCACCCACUACCACCUCAACCACAACGCAAGUCAACAGGGGAAUAUAUGGUACAAAUGUUCCCAAUUCUCCUGUGGAAUGUGAACCCACUCCCAUGGGAAUCGGAGCACGAUUGAGUGCACCAUUUUUGAAAAUAUUCGGCAUAUUCGGCUAGCACACCGCUAAAUAUAAAGAAUAUAACUUAAAAAAAAGAAAAUAGAAACCUUUUAAUAUAUAUAAACAACCUUUUUCAAAAACCUAAGCAUAACAAACUAUUAUGAGUAAUAAGAAAGACAUGUACAUAUUCUACACAAAUAAAACAUUAUCGAAUUUUA